CAUUUGGGUUUUCGAAGGUCAGAUGUAAGCAAUGGAGUUGAAAGUGUUUGUAGAGAUUGCAAUAGCCACUGAUUGACGUACGCAGUGGAUAAGGUUGUCUUGGUGACAUUCUGGUCGCGAACGUUGGUUGAAGCCGCUUUGUGAGAUCCGCCCCUUUAUAAAAUCCCUUCAGCACUGACGUCAAUGCAUGUCGAGCGCCAGAACAUCAUUCCUCAUGCCGAGCAUCAGAUUGGUAUGCGCUCUCAUUACAGUCAUGUAGAGCCCUUAUCUGGAAACGAAGACAUGUGCAGGAGCCCUUGGCACCCAUAUGCCCCAUUUGCAUUUGACUUUUGGCAUUAGAUACAAAAUCAUACCUGCCACUUGAAUUGCUUUGUAUGAGCAGGUGAAGGUGGCCAAAUCAUCCACACACCUCUUUAUCCAGUAGUUCACUAGAAAACUAUGGUCAUGGCCGCUCAGGACCAAAAGCCGUCGCAGCGAGCUCCGGUUCGCGUGGGAUUUUAUGAUAUUGAGCGCACGCUGGGAAAAGGCAAUUUUGCAGUUGUGAAGCUGGCGAGACAUCGAAUCACGAAAUCUGAGGUGGCUAUUAAGAUCAUAGACAAGACCCAGCUAGAUGCAGUGAACCUGGAGAAGAUCUACAGGGAAGUGGAAAUCAUGAAGUUGCUGGACCAUCCUCACAUCAUCAAGCUUUACCAGGUCAUGGAGACCAAAAACAUGCUCUAUCUAGUCACAGAAUAUGCCAAGAAUGGAGAGAUAUUUGACUACCUGGCCAGCCGUGGGCGGCUCAGUGAAAUGGAUGCGAGGAGGAAGUUCUGGCAGAUCCUCUCAGCGGUGGAGUACUGCCACGAACGCAAUAUUGUUCACAGAGACCUGAAGGCUGAAAACUUGUUACUGGAUGCUCACAUGAAUAUGAAGAUAGCAGAUUUUGGCUUUGGAAACUUCUUUCGUCCUGGGGAACCCCUGACCACUUGGUGUGGGAGCCCCCCAUAUGCGGCUCCAGAGGUUUUUGAGGGACAACAGUAUGAGGGUCCGCAACUGGACAUCUGGAGUAUGGGGGUGGUUUUGUACGUGUUAGUGUGUGGUGCUCUUCCAUUUGAUGGUCCUAGCCUUCCUGUCCUCAGACAGAGGGUCCUGGAGGGCCGUUUCCGCAUCCCCUACUUCAUGAGUGAGGACUGUGAGCACCUGAUCAGGAAGAUGUUGGUUCUAGAUCCAGCCAAGCGUUUGUCUCUGAGUCAGAUCAAAGAGCAUCGCUGGAUGGUGCAGGAGGUCCCGUCCCAGCGGCCCGUGCUGUAUAGACAGGGUCUGCAGUGUGAGAGCAAAUCAGGGUUGGGUGAACACAGCGAGCAGGUGCUCCGACUCAUGCACAGUCUGGGCAUCGACCAGCAGAAGACUAUUGAGUCUCUUCAGAACAAAAGCUAUAACCACUUUGCUGCUAUCUACUACCUGCUUGUGGAGCGGUUGAAAGCGCAUCGCAGCAGUUUCCCUGUGGAACAGCGUUUGCACGCCAGCCAGCGCCGCCCUAGCACCGUCGCUGAGCAGACUGUUGUCAAGACCAUUGCGGUUCCUUCUCAAGCCGGCGUCCCGCCACAGGCAGCACAUCACCUGCGUUCACCUGCUCUAUUACAGUCCACUACAGACACAUUUACCUUCCCACAAACCCCUGCUUCUCCUGAUCAGACGCUCAUGGAGGAAGACGUGGCCACUCCCAAGGUGGAUGGCUGCUUACUGGACCCACUUCCUCCAGUCGUUGUCCGCAAAGCCAGUGGCUCGCUGCCUAGCAACGUUAUGGAGACGUCCAUUGAUGAGGGCAUUGAGGCGGAGGAAGAGCAUGCUGUGCCCCUCGCCCCCUUUCAUACAGCUCGCUUCAGUCAGCGCCGGCAUACGCUGUCUGAGGUCACCAACCAACCUGCUGUGCUGCCCAUCACAGGUCUGAACCCGUCCCUCGGCAGCAUGGACUCGGACUACAGCAUGGGUUCAACUCAAAGUGAUUUCAGCUUGCCUGAAGAGAAUCCUGCUCUAAAGGAUGUAUUAAACGCUACACCCGCCAGCCGCACAGCUCCAGUCUUCCUGGGCAUGAAGCCCCCUGAGCCCACCCUUCAGCCGCUGAACUCGGAGGGGCAGGGCGCUCAUAAUCCCUCACUAGUCAGUUUCAGAGAGGGGCGAAGGGCUUCAGACACGUCUCUCACUCAAGGUUUAGUGGCAUUCAGGCAGCACCUCCAAAACCUGGCCAGAACCAAGGGUUUCCUGGAGCUGAACAAAGCCCAGAUAGUGUUAGGAGAUGGUGGAGGAGGCGGUAAACCCAGCAUCAGUCCCCAGGAGCUCCUAGAGCCUCACCACCCAUUCAGCCACCAGGGAGAAGGACGCCAAUGUCCAAGUGGAAAAGAUACGUUGACGUUUACUGGUAAAAUGCACCCUUAUCUGCUAUCCAGGAGACAGAGUUUGGAGACGCAGUACCUCGCUCAGCGACUACAGAGGGCCAGUCAGUUGGCAAGUGGUCUUGGAAGUGGACAGAUGUUUUGUAAAGAGGCUGCACCACGAACUUUAGAGCAACAACUCCAGGAGCACAGACUGCAGCAGAAGAGGCUCUAUCUCCAGAAGCAGUCUCAGGUUCAGGCUUACUUCCACCAGAUGCAGCUGGCUGAGGAUGUUUACCGCCCUCCCCAGGACAGCAGAGACCCCCAGAACAGCAGCAGUCCCUUAUCCAGCCCUCCCUUCACAUGGACCCAAACCCUAACCCCUUUUCUGGGGCCUGCCACUUCAACCCUGUCAUAUGGCCCCAAGCCAGCCCGUUUCCCAGACUGGCCUCCGCCGCCAGACAACUGCACAAACUACACCCCAUCUCUCCCUACAGAGCCCCUGUAUGCGUGGAGUCCUGCCCAACCAGGUAAAGCAGAAAACCCUUCGACUCAACCUGCACCUGAAACCCCCUUCCUGGACCGUGAGAUGAUGGAGACCGUGGAGGCCCCACAGGGCUGUGUACUCGUAAACUAAAUGUGAAUUAAAGCACUCUGAGGCUGGCUCUCAGGCAUACAAUGUGGCGAAAAACGCCCUCAGGGACGAACAAGACGCCAUGGUUUGUGUCACAUCUUAUAAACCUACAGAACUGUGGUAGACCAUUACAGAACUUCAUUUCCAGAGAUGUUUGUGAGAUACGCUCGUGUCCUGAAAUAUUUUUUGUUUUGUUUUUGUUCUGGUAAGCACAGAUUAAAUGUAGUGCAGCAACCAUAGCGUUUAAAUAUCAGUAUUAAAGCAAUAUUCCUUUUCCUGUAUAAUACACUAGAGUUCUAUGAGUUUCAGUGUUUUUAUAAUUAGUUUGUUCCAUUUUUUAAUUGAUCAGUAGCUACUCAAGUUUUCCUUAUUAGUAUUGUGUGAUUUUAAAUAAUAGAUAUAAUCAACAGAGAAAUGUGUAAAUAUAAGGACUUAUUAGGAUAUAAAAAGAAAAGAAAUAAUGUUAAAGUCAACAUGAAAUAUCAUUGAAUCAUAUUUUUGAUGGAGUGAUUAAUGUCGGAGUGAUGAACUUCUGAAUGAAAGACAAGAGUCAGACCUGAGUUUAAAACAUUGCCACCACUUUACAAUAAGGUUCGAUUUGUUAAAAAAGUUAAUUAGGUCUCAUAAAUAGCAAGAAAAUAAACAACUAUGAACGAACAAAAAUUUACAGCAUUUAUCAAUCUACAUUGAUUUUAAUUUAUGCAUAUAAUAAUACUUUUUAACGUCAUAUUUAUGUAUCCACAAUAAUUAGCAUUAGUAAGUUCAAGCAAAGUAACCAAAUUAACAAUAAACAAUAGUAUAUUAAUAAAUGCUGUAAAAUAUUACCAUUGAUUUGUUAGUUCACAAUAACUAAUGUAUGAACUAAGCACUACGUACUAAUAAUUUAAGUGCUGCAGAUAUUAUGUAAUUUUGCAAGCCAACCCAGGCAUUAUGAUUUAUUCACACCAUGUCAGGAUAAACGUAAUUACGAGAUUCUGAUGUAAACAUUCACAUCCUCUUAGAAUUCGUAAUGAGGGCUUUGACUUGUACCAACCGACUGCUGCAACACCACACAAAAACAAUUAAUAUGACAACAAUUUCAGCUGCAAAUUGUAGUGAAGUAACAAUAUUGGGUAAUAUUUAUGUUUAAUAAUAUUUAAUUAAGUAAUUCAUAUAAUCAAUAAUAAUUCCACAAGUGUCUAGUAAUUACCGUAAAUAUGACUAAACACAGUCUCUAAAAGCAGACAAUCGACUUCAGUGUCAUCACCAUUAAACUUCUUACAGCCCUUAUGGCCUUUAUUUAAAAAUAUUAAAUUUAUUAAAUUUAUUUAAAAUAAAGUUUCAAAAUUUGAGUUGGAAUAGUUUGAGGAAGUAUAAACAAAAGGCUGUAAUAGAGUUUGUGUGUGUGUGUGUGUGUGUGCUCUUGUUUUUGUGACAUAUCAGGACACAAAAUUU